AUGGUUGAGAAAUUCGAUGAGAUGAAUUUACAUGAACCACUUCUACGUGGUAUUUAUGGUUACGGUUUUGAACAACCAUCUGCUAUUCAGCAGCGAGCAAUAAAGCCAUGUAUAUUAGGACAUGAUGUCAUAGCUCAAGCACAAUCAGGUACGGGCAAAACGGCUACAUUCAGUAUUUCGAUUUUACAACGCAUCGAUAUAAAUUUCAAAGAAACUCAAGCACUUAUUUUGGCUCCUACACGUGAAUUGGCUCAACAGAUACAAAAAGUCGUGUUAGCACUUGGUGAUUACAUGGGUGUAACAUGUUAUGCUUGUGUUGGAGGUACCAAGGUUCAAGAUGAUAUGAAGCGACUUGAAUCAGGUGUACAGAUUGUUGUUGGUACACCAGGUCGUGUCCAUGACAUGCUAAGUCGAUCGAUUCUUCGUCGUAAAAAUAUCAAAAUGCUUGUAUUAGACGAAGCUGAUGAAAUGCUUAAAGAAGGUUUUAAAGAACAAAUUUAUAAUAUCUUCGUGAUGAUGCCAGAAGAUAUUCAAACUAUUCUUAUAUCGGCUACUAUGGCCACCGAGAUUCUUAAUGUAACAAAACGAUUCAUGGAGAAUCCAAUUAAAAUUCUUGUUAAAAAAGAAGAAUUGACACUCGAAGGUAUUCGACAAUUUUAUAUUAAUGUAGAACGUGAAAAUAAUAAAUUGGAUACACUUUGUGAUCUUUAUGAGACAAUGUCGAUUACAAAGGCUGUUAUCUUUUGCAACACCCGUCGAAAAGUCGAAUUUUUAACGGAAAAAUUAAGCGCACGCGAUUUUACUGUUUCAGCUAUGUGUGGUAAUAUGGAUCAGAAAGAUCGUGAAACUAUUAUGAAAGAAUUUCGUUCUGGUUCCAGUCGAAUAUUAAUUGCAACCGAUUUGUUAGCACGUGGUAUCGAUGUUCAACAAGUCAAUAUUGUCAUUAAUUAUGAUUUACCAAACAAUCGUGAAAAUUACAUUCAUCGUAUUGGUCGCGGUGGUCGAUUUGGUCGUCGUGGUGUUGCCAUCAAUUUUGUUACCGAGGAAGAUCGAUCAGUAUUACGUGACAUCGAACAAUUCUACAAUACUCGUAUACAAGAGAUGCCGAUGAAUGUAGCCGAUUUUCUAUAA